AUGGGGAAAUCCGCGUCGAAAACCAAAAAGCACAGAAGAACAGAAGACAGGAUCAGUGGUUUGUCAGACGAAUUGCUUAUUCAUAUUCUCUCUUUUCUUCCAAUCAAAGAAGCCGUUGCCACAAGCUUCUUGUCCAAGAGGUGGAGGGGACUUUGGCUUUCCCUUCCCACUCUUCAAUUUAAUCGACAAACCUGCCGGAGCCUCAGAUGGUUUUAUCGAUUCGCCGACCAAGUGCUCAAAUCGGUAGAUUUGAAAUCUGUCAAAAAGUUUGUUCUCGAAUUUGCUCAUUUUCACUAUAAUGAGCAUUUUAGCCCCCGCAAGAUUAGCAAGUGGAUUGAUAAUGUUGUGACUAAUAGCGAAGUUGAACAUCUAGAAAUAGAUAUGAAGGAAUGGGCAUAUCAGUUGCCCUCUAUUGUUUUCACUGCCAAUAACAUUAGGUUUUUGAAGCUGAAAGAUGUAAAGAUGGGCACUCUUUCUCAUGUUAAUUUGCCUUUGCUUGAAGUCUUGCAUUUGGAGCAUGUCAAUUUUUCCGAUGUUCGAAGCUUGGAAAUGCUUCUUUCUUCAUGUCCUUUGCUUAAAGACUUGGUACUAAAAAAUCUGUAUGGAAACCUUAACCUUCCGCUUAACAUUGGAGGACUCAACCACAUGGUCACUGCAGAAGUUCCACAAUGUCUACUCCCACUGAAAGUUUUGUCUAAUGUCACAUUUCUACGCUUAUAUUGGACUCCGGAUAUGUGGUCAUUUACUGAUGAUGUGCCAAUGUUUCACAAUUUAACCCAUCUGGAAUGUGUUGCUGGUGAAUGGACAAAGAUGGUGAACCGUCUCCGAAACUUCCCCAAAUUGGAAAAGCUUGUGGUUUCAGAAAGACCAUUUUAUCAUGAGGUUGAUACGCCGUCCCCUCUUGAACCAAUACGUGAUGUGCCUCCAUGUGUUUCAUUACAUCUGAAGGAGUUCACUAUUCGUUACUUCCAAGGUCCUGAAUGGGUGGAAACAGGCCAGGUGGCCUGUCAGAGGCCUAUGACUUGGCCUGCAUUUAGCCUGGCCUGA